AUGGGUCGCACCGAAAAAUCGCAGGGUUUAGCGCCACCCGCCAUCCGCAAGGAUAUUCGAGCCAAACAGGCGCGGCAUAUCGUCAACAAAGUUGUCCCGGCAAUCUUGACGUCAAAUGCAAGAGCCAGGAGAGGUGCGGACGGAAGUGAGCUUAUUACAAACCCUGGACCGAUUGGAACAGUGGGGCAGGAGAGAGGGAGUAGGGACAGUACACGUGUUGAGGCUGGCGAAGAGACGGAAUAUGUAAAGAGGAAGGGGCAAGGAAGAAGAAAGGCCAAAGGCGCGAGGCUUGAAGAAGAAGAGGCGGAUAGCAGGAAUGGUGAAAAGAGUGGUGAUAUGGGGAAGGAUGCUGGUAAAGGUAAGGGAAAAGCAAAAGGCAAGAAACAGAAUGAUGCUCUCAAGGAAGAAAUUUCAUACCUCAACUCGAAGACAGCUGUCACGCCACCACCUGUUUUGCCGAGCAAACAACGCAGUAUACGAAUCGUAGCCACAGAUAGCCUUACAGCUGCACAUAUGCUUUCUCACCCAUCUCUGUACAACGAAUCCGCCACUUCCGCGCCGAAACAGCUGUCCAAGAAACAACCAAAUACAUGUAUCCUAAACAUGGCCUCUCCCCUCCGCCCAGGUGGCGGCCUCCUAACGGGCGCCACCUCAGCCGAAGAAUCCCUUUGCGCGCGUACAACACUACUCCCUUCACUCAAGGAAUCAUUCUACCGCCUUCCAGAAUAUGGUGGCAUCUACACACACGACGUACUUGUGUUUCGAUCUGCCCUUCCGCUCGGCGACAACGCCGGUGAGCUGCCUCCCACCGAGCGCUGGUACGUUGACGUUAUCAGCGCGGGAAUGCUGCGCUUCCCCGAACUAGAGGGGGAAGAAGAUGAAGAGAAGAGGUUAAGUAAGAAGGACAGAGAGGUUGUUGAAGCGAAGAUACGAGGUGUUCUGAGGAUAGCGGAACAGAAGGAAGUGAAAGGGUUGGUGCUCGGAGCUUGGGGCAUUGGAGCCUAUGGGAAUCCAGUAAAAGAUAUCGCAAAGGCUUUUGCAAAGGUUAUGGGUGUUGGUUCUUCGUCGUCAGCGUCCACCGGAAAGAAGAAUAGCAAGUCGUCAUCGGUGGGUAUCGAGACAUUUCCGGCUAUUGAACACAUCAUCUUUGCGAUUCCCAAUCGUAAAAUUGCUAGCAAUUUUGCUGCAGCGUUUGGUGGCAGCAUUCAGGUCGAAGACGGCCCCGGCGCUUCGAGCAGCGAUGACGACGACGAGGACGGCGAGGAAGAUGAAGUGGCAGAGGAACUUAGAAACAAGAUACAAGAGAUGGAAGGUCAAAUCAGUAAGGUUUGGAACCCAGACCUGAAGGCGAGGCUGAGCUCUAUACUGGAAGGCCUGAAAGCGCAAUUGAGAGAAAGAGAAGGCACACCCGGAAUGAGUAGUAUUGAUGGUGAUGACGAGGACGAAGAAGGGGAAGUUGAAGGGAGCGAGGAAGAGGGAGAAGGCGAUGACACAGAAGACGAAAUCCGCUCGUAUGGGAGUAAUGAGAUUGGCUGUUACCACCCGAACCCUCACGACUGGUAA